AGUUCAUGAUAUAGUCACACCAGGGAUGACAUCAAGGUUGACAUCGUCAGUGUUCACACGGAAGACAUUGACGAUGUUACCCCUCAUUUCCAGAUCGAUCAAUAAGAAGAGGGAGAGACCUGAGGAAGAUGAAGCCGAAGAACAGUAUAGCGCCUCCACGAAUCCUUACGGUGGCAUUGUCUAUAGAUCUGGUAUCCUUACGGCGGCAUUGUCUAUAGAUCUGGUCAUCUGGAUAAUUUUAUGCAUUGGGAAUUCCGAUUUUGCUAAUGGCGGAGGGUAUUGAGCCGGAUACAGAAGAGGAAUUCAGAGAAGCAUCCAUACAAUCCCAAGAGAUCUCCCAUCAAACACGUACCCAUGAUUGAUUAGGGCUUGUUUGUACUUUGGGAUGAAAUAUGUGCUCAUGUGCUCUAGGUAUGUACUAACAUGAGUUUUUCACUCUCCUCUUGGAAAUUAAAGAACAACCAUGCUACGGUGGUGUAUCCCAAGUUGUACCCCAAAUAAAUGCACCGACAUUUUAACGGUUCACACUGGCAGAAAAUGUUAGUUCAAUUUAAAAAAAUUGCACUGACAUUU